AUUUCAAAUGGGGUGUGGCAAAUCAACUCAUAAAGGAAAGGAUAAAGUGAAAUCUUUAACCCUACCAAAAUCUACAAGCUUUCAAACAUCCUCUUUGUCCUCUUUCAAGAGGAUGUAUAAAAUAGAACCAACAGUCUUGGGUGGAGGAGCCUUUGCAAAAGUGUUUCUAGGCCAUGAAGCUAAGAAUCCUCCCAACAAAGUAGCUAUCAAGGUUAUUGACAAAUAAAACUAUUAAAAUAAACCUUGAUUUGAUCAAGACAGAGUGUCAAAUUUUGGGAAAUUUGGACCAUCCGAACAUCAUCAAUGUAGGUUUCUGUCUUACCAAUUUAGUACAGAGGUAGAGCCAGGGCUCUCUAACUUAUAGAUGUCUAUGAAUCACCAGAGA